UUGUUAUUCAAUAUUUUUGAAAUAAAUAAAUAAAUGAUAUAAUAAAUAAAAUAUUACAACAAAUUAGAAGAAUUUUUAAACUCUUCACUUUAAUCUCAUUAGGUUCUCCAUAUUGAUCAGAUGAAUUAAAUUGGUGCAAUAGGUGCAAAAAGCUUAAGUUCUGCAUUAGCAAAUUGCACUAAUCUCUAAAAUUUGAUACUUAAACUACGUAACAAUAAAAUUGGCGACUAAGGUGCAUUAGCCUUAGGUUCUGCUUUAGCAAAUUGCACUAAUCUCUAAAAUUUGAUCCUUUAUCUUGGUGACAAUAAAAUUGGUGUAAUCGGUGCAUCAGGCUUAGGUUCUGCUUUAGCAAAUUGCUCGAAUCUAUCAAAUUUGGUAAUUAAUCUUGAUGAGAAUUAAAUUGGUGCAAAAGGUGCAUUAGGCUUAGGUUCUGCUUUAGCAAAUUGCACUAAUCUCUCAAGUUUGGUAAUUGAUCUUGCUGGGAAUUUAAUUGGUUAAGUCGGUGCAUUAAGCUUAAGUUCUGCCUUAAUUAAUUGUACUAAUCUCUCAAAUUUGACACUCUAUCUUGGUGGGAAUUAAAUUGGUGACAAAGGUGCAUUAGGCUUAGGUUCUGAUUUAGCAAAUUACACUAAUCUUUCAAAUUUGACACUUGAUCUUGGUAUCAAUAAAAUUAAUGCACUUGGUGCAUCAGGCUUAGGUUCAGCUUUAGCAAAUUGCACGAAUCUCUCAAAUUUGACACUUUAUCUUCAUGGGAAUUAAAUUGGCGACAAAGGUGCAUUAGGCUUAGGUUCUGGUUUAGCAAAUUCCACUAAUCUCUAAAAUUUGACACUUAUUUUAAGUGGGAAUUAAGUUGGUGAUAUAGGUGCAUCAGGAUUAGCUUCUGCUUUAGCAAAUUGCACUAAUCUCUCAAAUUUGACAUUUAAUCUUAGUCACAAUAAAAUUGGUGAAAUCGGGGCAUCAGGUUUAGGUUCUUCUUUAGCAAAUUAUUCUAAUCUAUCAAACUUGGCACUCAUUCUUUGGUAAAAGCAGUUUAUUUGUUUUGGAUAGUGA